AGCGGCCGCGGUGAAGGGUAAUAUUUACUAAUGACUUGUCUAAGUGUUUGUACAGGAGUUCAUAAUACCGUCAAGCUCACCUCUCAGCCUGCCCAUGGUAACAGGGAUGCCCUUAUACUCACCAUGCAUGCAUCGUGGCGAUAUGUGGGUACCCGCAGUGGAGAUUUUUUACAAUACGGCUAACAAUAGGCGACACGGAACAAAAACUUGACAUUUUUAAUUUAACACGUACUGGCCCUUCUUAACGACCCAAGACAAGAAUGGAUUAUAAAUCCAGUCAACGUGAAAUAUUCAAUCACACCAAGGCGUGACUGGAAUACGCUGAUAUGUGAUAUUGAGAAGAGCAGUUAUGAAGGAAAUAUACGGUUAGAAGUUUGACAAUGUUGUCCAUGAAACAGAAAGCUUACUAUAUUCCUAGGAGGAAGGUUCAGCCUUUAAAGUUAAAGAGACUGAGUAUAAAUUAUGAUGUGACUAAUGCGCGUGUUCGGAAAUUAAUACAGGGAGCAGAGGAAGGUCGAAGACGUCUCCCUCCAUUUGUGGCAAUGUCACGCGAAUCUACCCUCUUGUCUGACAGAAGGCUGCCGUCUGUGCAUUUCAACCGAGAUAACGCCCAUGCUUACCAGGGACCUUCUGAGGAGUUGGAAACAAGCCAUUGGCACGUGAACCAUCGUCCGAUCAAAAAACAGACUGAUGUAAAAAUAGUGAAUCACCUCAGGAAAAGCUUAAAUCGGCGCAUAGAGAGAAGGUACAAUAAGAUUUAUGAAGAUGAACAGAGGGAAAACCUCCGCAAACAGGCAGAAGAGAGAAGGAGAUUGCAACAGCAGAAAAAGAAGAAAACGGAACAAUCUGAACAUAUAGACAUUUUUCAAAAAUACUCUGAAUUCGGUGAAAAAAUCAAUGGAUCCGCAGAUCACAAACGGUCCCAUUCCUCUAACAGUAGACUAGGACGGCCGUCCAGUUUUUCACCCAAACAGGUGACUGCCAGCAAAACAAGUGCUGGGAGGAGUAGAUCCAUGUCUCCUCGCAAACAACCAUCAUCAAACACAACGGCACAAAUGGCGCCUGCAGCAGUGCCAGACGACAGCAAAUCUCAAGUUAAACUUGAACAUUUGGAUGGAGUGAGGACAUCUAGUGGAAAGAAAGCUGCAGAAACGUCAGAAAUAUUAGAUAUAAUUGAUAAACAAACUUCACCUGAGGACGUACCAACAGGGGGGAUGUUGCAGAAAACGCCUCUUCCGGGAAUAGGGGACUCCACCAGCAACAGCCAGGGUGGUGAAGGUGCGGUGACAGCCGACGACCAAAACAAUUUACAAAGUACCCCUCAGAACAACGAUGAUAAAUCUGAGCUGAUAAACGAUUCAAAUAAAGAAAAGGAAAAUACCCUCAGUAUUGGUCCAGAGCGAGAACACAGUGUUUUCACAUUAACUCGAACAAAAAACAACUCCCCAACUGAGUUAGAGGACCAAAAUGAUGAUAGUUCUAACUUCAGAAAGCUUGCUGUUAGCCCAGUGCCAACCCCAUCCAUUUUAAGACCAAUGACUAGGGAGAAGAUCAGGGUGGACAUGGAGGACCGCAUUGACAGGAUUCUCCAGGGACGACUAGACGUAUUGGUGCCUCCAGACCACAGGAUUAUCAAAAUAUACAUUAGUUCAGAGUUCACAGACACAGAGGCUGAGCGAUCAGCACUAAUAGAGAAGGUUUACCCAAAGCUAAGGCAAUACAGCAGAGAGCACGGUGUAGAACUUCAUGUAUUCGACCUCCACUGGGGACUCCGAGACACUGUCAUAGACAACCAUUCUCUACCGGAGAUAUUUCUCAAAACAUUGGAAUCUUGUCAAGAGCAGAACCAUGGUAUCACAUUUGUGUCAUUUCUGUGCCAGAAAUAUGGACUUCCUAUUCUACCAUUGGUCAUACCAGCCGACGAAUUUAACGCUAUUUUAGAAGCUGCAGAGCGGGAUAAACAAAUGAGAGAUGCCAUAGCACAAGCGAAACAGAGGGCUCUUAAAGAAGCAAGAGAAGCGGCUGAGAGAAUUCAAGAAGAAGAAGAAAACGAAGAAGAGGUCGAGGGUAAUGAUGACGAAAGAACUUCUCCACAAAACCUCACUACAGAAAAAAAAUCUAUCAAUCAAAAGAAACGCGAGGCAGAUUCUGGGGUAUCUGUAGCGAGUGACAAAACAACGGACAAUGAACAGUCUUCAUCCAACAAGAUAAAAAUUACCAAAGGUGCUGAUGAAAAUGCUGCUAAACCAAAUAAUCCAAAUGAAAGUAAACAGAGUCCAAGGAAAGGGAAGCAGUCCAAUUCAGUCCAAAAGCAACACAAUAAUGGAAAAGUCAGCCAGUCCUCGAAGGAAGGUAAACUUGACUCUAUGGAACAGGAACCCCCAGCAAGGGCAAUGCAAAGGAGAGACACCAUCUUAAUUCACAAUGCUCUCAGAGAAGCGGAAUCAGACCCAAAUCUGGAUCCAAGUCUGCUGAAAAACUGGUAUAAAUACGAUACUAACUCUAGUCCACCAAUGUACGUGCUGCAGUCUAUCAGUUCCCAUGAUGAAGAUAUUAACAAAACGGAUGCGUUCAAGCGAAAGCAGGCCAAAGCUAAGUGGCUGACUACGUGCAGACGCAUUCAAAUAAUGCUUCAGAAGUAUUCAUCGGACAUUUUCGGCGAUGAAAGCUCUUCUCGCAGGUUCUUCAUGUCCAUCCAAGAUCUGGAACUUGACCAAGCUCUUCUUGGUACUGAAGAACCGGAGCGCCAAUGUGUUUGGUUCCACAGAACGCUAAAUGGCCUAGAGCACAAUCUUGACGAUGACAAUGCUAAGAAAUAUAUAGAUCUCCACCCGUUCAAGGCAGAAAUAGAUUCUUCAUUGCAAGAGAAAUUAAAGAACAUUGUCCACAAUCGUCUCAAGGCAGAGUUGCCACAAUCGAGCAUACACAAGUACAAGAUACAGUGGACUCGUAACGGGGUUGAUCCGAAUAUACGCAGCCACGCCGUGUAUAUUGACAAAAUGUGUCAGGACUUUGAGAAAACGAUAAAACAAGGACUGGAGGAUUACUUUGAGGACUGCCAAUACUGGCACGAAUCGCAACGGCGACUUUUGUACGAUGAAGUCUCUGAGCAUGUCAAGUUCUGUCAAGCCAGGGCGCAUAAUUUCCAUGGCAGAAAAGACCACUUGUCUAUGAUCAAAAGUUACAUCCGUUCAACAUCGUCAGUGCCUCUGCUUAUCUACGGCAGUGCCGGGUGCGGGAAAACUUCUCUUAUAGCCAAGGCCGCAAGGGAGUGUCACAAGUGGUUUCACGAGUCUGUUGGAGAAGAAGUCGCAGUGGUUGCCAGGUUUAUCGGUGUUACAGGUCUUUCCAGGAGCAUCCGUCUUCUGUUACAAGGCAUCUGUCGCCAGUUGUGUGAGAUUUAUCACAAUGACCCCGAUGAGGUGCCAGAGGACUAUAAAGGUACAGUCAAUGACUUUGGCCAUCGACUGUCAUACGCCACAGAAAACAAACCCCUGGUGAUAUUCAUUGAUUGUCUUGACCAGCUUACUGACGAAAACUCUGCUCGAAAACUAGCAUGGCUUCCAAAAGAGCUUCCACCAAAUGUUCACAUGGUUGUCUCCACUCUCCCAAACGAAAGUUAUGGCUGCAAGAAUGCAUUUACAAACAAUUACCCUAACAGCAAGGAUAAUAUCAUAGAGAUAACCGAGCUUCCAGUUACUGAUGCUGAAGUCAUUUUAAAGCAUUGGUUAAACCAGUCCAACAGAACUCUCACACAGGAACAACUGGACUUACUCCUAGAUAGCUACUGCGCCUGCCCAGUUCCACUGUAUCUUUACGUCGCUUUCAAGGAGGCAUUACGGUGGCAGUCGUACACCCCCAUUGCCAACUGCAAGCUGGGAAAACAAGUCAAAAAUCUUGCUGUCAUUUUGUUUGGAAGGCUGGAAAAAGAGCACGGUGAGCCGCUGGUGCGACGAGCACUGGGAUAUAUCACAGCGGCAAAGAAUGGCGUCACCCAUUGUGAGAUGGAAGAUUUGCUGUCCCUCGACGAAGCCGUUAUGGAUGAUGUGACAGGCCACUAUUCACUUCAGCUGCGAAGGUUCCCGCCCAUUCUGUGGGCACGCCUUCGAAAUAGCCUCGGUAGUUACCUUAGCGAGUCAAGUGCAGAUGGCAGCCGGACUCUAGUUUGGUUUAACGUGCAGUUUCGUGAGGCAGCGACAGAACGUUACUUAAAUGCACGAGACAAAGCUCCCUCUUAUCACAAAGCCUUGGCUGAGUAUUUCUCCGGAAAGUGGGCUUCCGUGCCUAAACCACAUGGGUCAAACAAAAUUGGUGCUUUAAGAUGGGUAGCAGAUCAACCUCUAAAGUUCCAACGUGUCCAAAGCGACAGUUCAGAGCCACCUUUGUAUAACACCAGGAAACUGAACGAGCUACCACACCACUUCCUUCAGUCACAGCAGUUUGACACCCUGAAGUCCGAGUGCCUGUGUAAUUUUGAAUGGGUAUCGGCCAAGUUGUUGGCGACAUCAUUUCGAGCAGUACUUGAUGACUUUCAUUCCGCCCUUGAAGUAGAGCCAAAAGAUAAAGACAUUAAGUUGCUCACUGAUACUUUCCAGCUUUCGGGGAAAGUUUUGUCCGCGAACCCUAUUCAGCUGGCCUCACAAAUGGUCGGUCGCCUUCACAAUCUCAUAGCCGCGGACGUGCCUAUGGCUCCACAAGACCCCGUGAAAUACCCUUACAUUCGAGGGUUUUUACGAGACGCUCGUAACUCCUCUGUUCCAAGUCUCAUACCAUCGGCCACGUGCCUGACUCCCCCUGGCGGAAUGCUGUUUGAUAUUCUCUCCGGGCAUACUGAACCGAUCACAGCCGUUACAACCACUACUGACGGUAUGAGGGCAGUGACUACGUCCAAAGACAACACCAUGAAGUUGUGGGAUCUUCGCACAGGGCGAGUGACAAAAACUAUCGAUGGCGUCGGAAAGGAAACGGUCUACAUUAGACUUGGCAAUUCAAACCGAUUGGCCAUCUCGUCUGAGCUCCGGUGCAUUCGCAUCUACGAUCUGAAUACAAGUUUGUGUCAGACUGCAAUAAAUGGACACGAAGACAUUGCCAUAAUUGCAACAGUAGGAAAUGGGGUACUACUAGUGGCCUUCUUUGACGGUGCUAACAAAAUGCGAUCUUGGGACCUCCAGAACAACUUUCAGUUGAUUCAAGAUGUGGCAAUAGAGGGGACUGCCCUUCACAAAGACCGAUCAGUGGUCGUUGCCAGCAAUCCAUUCUCUGACAAGGUACUGUAUGCUCACCGUGGCAGACGAUCUGCCAAAAUUGUGAACGCUCGGACGGGGGCGCACGUGCACACACUAAAGUGUCAAGCCAGUGACUCGGCAUCCAUUCAAGCGGUUGCCGUCACAGGGGAGUACUAUGUGGUAGCCACACGCAACCAGUAUAUGAAAUUACACGAAAUCCAUUACAUGGAACUGUUUGACACAAACAACGGCAAAUACAUCAGGGCAGUGCGAGGCUGCACGCUUGAUUUCGUUGAGGAAUUGUAUGUUAAUCAGAUGGGGUCCCAUACAUUCUCUAUAUGCAGAUCUGAAGCCAAUAACACUUCUAACAUCGCAGUGUGGAACUUGGAAACUGAAGACCAUAAACAUCUGGCACAUCACGCUGGGGCUUCUACGAUAGGCGCAUGCUGUGACUUUCGAUUCUGCUUGACUGCUGCGGCAAACGACAACGCCAUGCGAAUUUGGAACCUUAGUCUAACCAUAAACAAACAAGCCCCGAAACUUAAAAGAAUUGAUGGAAUAGGGGAGCUAGUUCCAAUGCAAGAUCAUCCACGUUACGUUGUCGCAAAAGCGCUGAAUAACGGUCCAGUCACAGUAUGGAACGUGGCCAAAGGGAAGAGCAAAGGAACGGCCGUGAGAAUCGAGCGCGGACUGUCAGAAAGUAGCGACAUCAUGCUUCUCCGCAAUACACGAGUUUGUAUUCUCACUGAUCUAGUUGUAUCUGCUGAAACGGGCAGCGAAGUCUACCGGACAGUUCUCAUAUACGAUCUUAGAACAAAGAAAUAUGUGAACAAAGUGCAUUCCUUUAUGCCGCCUUUCCCUGCCCAUGAAUAUUUACUCAUGAACGACAACCUUCUGCUUAGUCCGUCGGACAACCGGUCCCACUUCGUCGUGUGGAGUUUAGAGCAUGGAAAACCAGAGUUCAGAAUAAAGCCAAAUUUCAAGGACAGAACAAAAUUGGACAUGAGUUUCUCAAAGCAAGAGUUUGUAUCAAAACGAAAGCGAAACACAACUGCAAAAAUGACACCUUGGGAACGGCGUUCAGAGAGCCCUACCUCCAGACGCAAACGUAGAGAAAAAGAGGUUGAAGAAGAACGACGGCAGCAUGAGGGACUUUUACGCGAGAAGGAAAAUAGCAUUGAGCAAUUCGUUAUCAGUGGCAACCAAAAGAUAAUUGUCGCGUCUUUCUACGCCCACCAUCUUUGUGUGUUUGACAUCGAGCAGAGAGCGCAUAUUCAAACACUGGAGAACGAAAACUCAAUGCUGCUUUUGCACACCGCGGCCAUUUCUUACGAUGGAAGUCAUCUUGUCCAUGCCAAUUAUGACGAAGAAAAGAAAACCAGCUACGUAACACUGUGGGACUGUAUGUCUGGUCACGUUCGAAAAAGAUUGAAGAAUGAGAGAAACGUGUGCGCCAUAGCCAUAUCUGACGCAGCAGAUCGUGUGGUAUUCGCGAAAACAACAGGUGAACUCCGAAUCUGGGAUCCAUUGGAACACAACAUACGCAGAGUAAAAGGAUACCCCGGGCUACAAUUUACAGUGAACACGAAGAUCCUUCUGUUGGAGAGAGGCGCGAGAGCCGUUGUGCACGCUGGAGAUAUUUCUGUGUGGGACCUCAACAAAGGGAGCGUGUUGGCGGUUUUCACUCCAGAUAAAGCAAUCAUUUGCGUCAACGUAGCAAUGGACGAUAAACUGAUUGUCUUCGGUGUCCGUGAUUCCACAGACGUCGUGAUACUGAAACUGAUGUCAAAGGACAUUCAGGAAGUUGAGCACACAGGAGAGAACAUAUUUGACGAGGGAUCUAGCAGUAGUUCAGAAGAUGACGAGGAUGAUGAUGAGGAAAAUGCUAGUCGUAAAAGUUGAAAAAAAAAAAAAAAAGUUCACUAGCUUGGUAAUGAAUUAGAUUUUUGAUACUUACUGAUACGUGUUUGAAAAUGAAGCGCAAUCUGUAAGUAUCAAAAAAGAUUAGAAUGUAAAAGACCAUUUGUAACCUAGCUACCAAUACUACCAUACCGGUAGUGGCAAAAAUUACAAAUGUUAUUGUUAGACAAAGUUGGGCUACUUGAAAAAUUAACUCUAUAUCAGUAGCUAAAGUGAUAUUGUUCUCUACAGUUAAAUGUGAUAUUGCAAAGGGUAUAACAACCAUCGUUUGAGACAUACAGUAAAUAUCUCUAUGUGCAAUGUGAUACCAUGCUACAUUUGCUCAACGAGCUUUAUGGACACACUUUGACCAAACCUUGAGGAACAUGUGGUCUUAUGUUUGAUGUUGAAAACGAUAUAUUGUCAAAGUUAACCAGUUUUGAAUGAUUCCAUUCACAGAAAUAAAUUUA